UGCAGUUGUACAACAUCAGUGGCAUGGAGGGACGUCCAGUAACUCUGCAGUGUCCUAAUUCAGGACAACAUCAUGAUAACAAGAAGUUCCUCUGUAAAGGAGACCAACACAACAACUGUACAGACAUGAUGGAGAACCAAACAAAGUUCAAGCUGCUCAAUGUCUCCUCCAGCUGUUUCUCUGUGAUCAUCAGUGAACUGGAAGCAGCUGAUGCAGGAACAUACUACUGUGGUUCAGACUCUCAGCUGAGAUUCAUAAAGAUACAGCUGGCAGUCGUCUCUCCACAUCAAACCAGCUCUGUGACUCCAAUUAGCUCUGCUGAACAGGUUACAUCACAACCACCAACAUCAGAUAAUCCUGGUCUGACUUUAUUUUACCUUCUGCGUGUCGUCCUGUUUCUGCUGUGGAUCCUGCCUUUGGUCCUUAUGAUGAUUCCUAAAAGAAAAAUAAAGAAACAAGAAAUCCAGAUGAAUGUAUUGAUCACUGCUGAUGCUUCUAAGAACCCGAGGAUCAAUAAUAUUGGUGAAAAUCCAGAAGGCAGCUCAACAUUCGCAUGACAGAAUCAAGAGCAACAAUGAAGCUGCUGAUUCUCAACAAGUGAACCAAAGUCUCACCACAAAUGAAG